AUGAAUAAAGCAUUACGUACACAAGAUAUAAAUAUUAUAUUUAAAUUUCGAUUUUUUAUUAAAGAUCUCUAUCAACAAUUAAUGAAAGCACAUGUAGAGUUCAUUCGUUCAACACCACCAAAUAUAACUGUUUAUAGAGGACAGAAUAUAUCAAUCGAUGAGUUAAAUAAAAUAAAAAAUAAUGUUGGAGGUUUAAUUGGUAUGUCAACAUUUCUGUCUACAAGUACAAAUAAAGAGGUUGCUACACAGUUUCAUGCGAAUACCACACGUAGUAAUGAAUUAGUUGGUGUAUUGUUUCAAGUAGAUGUUGAUACGCAUGCAACCGUUAGCAAACCAUAUGCUGAUAUAAAAAAUUUGAGUUAUUUCCAUCGAGAAGAUGAAAUACUAUUUUCAAUGGGUGCAAUAUUUCGUAUACAAUCGUUUAGUGAAGUAGAUAACGGAAUUUGCAAUAUAUUCUUAGAAUUAAAAGACGAAGAAAAUACAGAAUUAUCUAAUGUUUUAAAAACUAUGAUAGGUGAAACACCGACACUCCAAACAUUGGGUGGACUAAUGAUAGCAAUGGGAGAAUUCAACAAAAGUGAAGAAUAUUUUCAAAUGUUGAUCAAUCAACAUCCUGCAGAUAAUCAAACCAUUGCAGAAACUUUUCUAGGUGCCGGCAAUGUCUGUGUAUCUAAAUUAAAAUUUGAUGAAGGUUUAGGCUAUUUCGAAAAAGUAUUACAAAUUUGUACUGAUUCACUACUUCCAGAUCCGAAGUGUUUUGCCCAAGCUUAUCAAGGUAUAGCAAUCGUAAACUAUGCAAAAGGCGACGCAGAGGCAGGAAACAAUUAUAUGAAAAAAUCACUGGAAAUUUGUUCUAAAUUAUUGCCCUCUACAGAACUUGGUGCUGACAGCAUUUUUUCUAGCCUGCAAAACGUUUUGAAUGGCCAAACCGAUCCAGCAAUUGUAUUACAAAUCAUACAAAAAGGACUUGAUAUUCAGCUGCAAACGCUAUCUUCUAAUCAUUAUCUAAUAGGACUGAGUUAUAAAGCUAUCGGACAAUUACAGCAGCAGUUAGAAGAAUAUUCAGAAGCACAGGAAAAUUACGAGAAAGCUUUUGAAAUUUAUUCGAAAUCGUUGCCACCAGGUCAUCCCUUGAUUUUGGAAGUAUCUGGUUACCUUGCUACAAUUCAUUCACUUAAUGGAAACGAUGUAUUGUCACAAAAAUAUGCGGACUUAGUAAUGCGAAAUUUACCGGCAGUUUUUGAACAAAUAGGUCCUUCUAACCUAAGUAUGCUUACUAAGAAUAUGAUAGAUGGAUUACAAAACGAUGAUAGCGAUAUAACACAGGUUUAUGAAUAUCAAUUACAAACGAUAGAAUUUCUUUUCAAAACAUUCCAUGCAGACAGUCCGCUGCUGUUACAGGCUGCAACUACAAAUAGCGUCAUACUACAAGAAUUUGCUGAUGAUGGCGCCGGCGAAGACGACCUAUUAUUUGCACAAAAACUAUUAAGCAUCUAUCGUCAGUAUGUUCCAUAUGGUCAUCGUAUCAUUCUAGAAACAUUAAAUCAAAUUGGAUUGAUAUAUUUCGAACUAGACGAUAAAGAAAAUGCAUUAAAACACCUUAGAGAGGCUCUUGAAAUUGGAUCAAAAUCAUUAGCACCCGACGAUAAUCUUCUAAUUAAUAUUCAAGAAAAUAUUCAUCAUGUCGAAUCAAAUGCGAUGAACAUAAGUUCAGGUGAGUUUAUAAUAACGGUACAUUUUCAACUUGGAUUCCAUACCAUUCAUUGUGUGUUUCAACUAACUGAUAAUGAGAAUAUGUUAUGCUCCACCUUCCCUGAUAAAUAA